ACUUUCCGCACGGUAAGAGUCUGUCAGGACAGGAAUACAUUGACGGAUCACUUCCGGCUUUACAGUAAACUAAUAUGGCGUCUGGGACAGAGGUGUGUGGCGCAGCCAGUGAUGCGGAACCGGCGGAAACUUCAGCACCACAGAAGCGCAGUGAACAGCUGAGAAAGUUCAGAGAGCUUUGCUUAAAAAAGAAUGAGGCUCGUCAACUGAAUAAUCAGGAAGUGGUGGAGGAGAAAAAUCGGCUAAAGCUGCCGUCCAACUGGGAGGCUAAGAAAGCUCAACUUGAGUAUCAACUCAUGGUGGAUGAAAAGAAGAAGGAGUGUGUGGCUCGAGGGGAGGAUUACAACCGUGUGAAACUGCUGGAGAUCAGCGCUGAGGACGCUGAGAGAUGGGAGAGGAAAAAGAAGAGAAAAAAUCCUGAUCUCGGCUUUGCAGGGUAUGCUGAGGCCCAGCUGAGGCAAUACCAGAGGCUCACUAAGCAGAUAAAACCUGAUAUGGAAAGCUAUGAAAGACAAAGAGAGAAUUACGGUGAAGACUUCUAUCCAACAUCCAAUAGUCUGAUACAUGGAACACACGUUCCCUCUCGAGAAGCCAUCGACCGAAUGCAGGAGGACAUUGAGAAACAAAUCGAGAAGCGCUCCAAAUUCAGCCGGCGCAGAGCCUACAACGCCGAUGCUGACGUCGACUACAUCAACGAGAGAAACGCCAAGUUCAACAAGAAAGCUGAGCGCUUCUACGGAAAAUACACCGCCGAGAUCAAACAGAACCUGGAGAGAGGAACAGCGGUGUAGCUGUCAGUGUUGGUGUCAAGAUGGCGAGGUGUGUGUGUGAGAGAGAGAGAGAGAGCGAGCAGAAACAGCUGAGCAUGUUGUCUAUCAGUCUCAAAGCACAGAUCCAAGAAGUGAGCUAUCAUCCUUUGCCCACUUCAGAAUUAUUUUCUGGACUAUAAGAAGUUUUUGUCCCAAUUCAGUGUGAGCUGAUGAAGCUCAGACUGGAGCACCCGAUCCAUCAACCCCAUCUCGCAAACAACAAAAAAUAAAAGUGAGACAUUUAUCAGUGAGUGCAAAACUAGAACCUGAGCAACUUUUUUUUCUUUUUUUUUGAGAUGCAGGGAAAGUGAUUUGUAUCAUUAGAUGUUCAGACUUGAGAACGAAUUAGAGUUAAGGAGAUGAUUAUUUAACAUUUAUGGAAGGAGUCUCCAGUGUCAGUGUUGGCUUUAUAAUAGCAAAUUCUCACAGGAAAGUUUUUAGGGUAGAGGAGUUUGAUUUCAUGGUUACAAUUGUGGUGUUUGUGUGUGUGUGGGGGGGUUUCUUAUUAAUUUCAAUACAGAGAAUAAAAGAGAGAUUGGUGAUGGAAUGACUGUUUGUUUAUCGCUAUAUAACGCAAGUUCUAACAGUAAUAACUUUAACUAUAAAUGGCUAAUGCAUGCAAAACUGUCGGUUUUUAAUAAAUGUCAUGUAAAUGUAAUUGCCAAUUUGCUGUGAUUAUAAGUUGAAUACAGCGUUGAUUAUUUUCUGAAAACAGCUCACCACCAAAUCAUUUCUUUUCAUCCUCCUGGCUGUAUAUUUUUGGAUUUUUUGAUACCUGUUUUUCGUAAUGCUGAAUAAAUACUGUGAAAGUAGA